UGAGUUCCCCAACAACUCAGUUUGAGUUGCUGAGUUCCGAACCUUCAGCAGAUUCCAAAAAUGCAGACAUUCUCGGAGAUGCAAUCUACGGCAACGAGCCUUUUCUCGGCCUACGCAUCUUUGGCCGGGACCAUUAUGCUCUUUCGGUCACUGGUCAAUGACAUUAUUCCACCUUCCCUCCGAUCCUAUAUCCAAUCAUUUUUAGCUUACCUUUUCAACUUUCCGUCGACUCAAAUCACCAUCAUCAUAGACGAGCAAAACGGCAUGACUCGGAACCAGGUUUAUGACUCGGCCGAGAUAUAUCUCAGCACCAAAAUCUCCCCAACCACGGAGCGAUUCAAAGUCAACAAGUCCCCUAAGCAGAGGACCAUCAAUGUCACCAUCGAGAAGGACCAACAGAUCACGGACACAUUUGGUCAAAUCCAAUUGCAGUGGCGGUUCGUGCUGGUUGAACCUCGAAAUGACCAUGGUUACUCCCCGGAAAAACGGUUCUUCGAGCUCAGUUUCAACAAAAAACACAAGGAUGCUGUUAUGAAAGAUUAUUUGCCUUUCAUACUGGAGAAGGCGCGGGAGAUUAGGGACAACGAUCGGGUGGUGAAGCUGUAUACUAGAGAUUGUCCAUAUAAUGACGAUGAUUAUAAUUCUUAUAACGGUGGUGGCGGAGCUGGGAUCUGGGGAGCGAUUAAUUUGGAUCAUCCAGCGACGUUUGACAAGCUGGCCAUGGAACCGGAGAUGAAGAGGGCUGUGAUUGAGGAUUUGGAUAGGUUCGUGAGGAGGAGGGAUUAUUAUAGGAAGGUCGGGAAGGCAUGGAAAAGAGGAUAUUUGUUGUACGGACCGCCCGGGACGGGAAAGUCUAGUUUGAUAGCGGCCAUGGCUAAUUACUUGAAGUUUGAUAUCUAUGAUCUGGAGCUUACGAGUUUGUAUUCAAACUCUGAACUGAGGAGGAUCUUGAUUUCCACCUCCAACAGGUCCAUCAUUGUUAUUGAGGAUAUCGAUUGUAGCGUGGAGAUGCAUGAUCGCCAGCAGGAGCAGAAUGUUGGCCAUGAACCAUCAACUAAGUUGACGCUGUCGGGACUGUUAAAUUUCAUUGAUGGGCUGUGGUCGAGCUGUGGAGACGAGAGAAUUAUUGUUUUCACUACCAAUUAUAAAGAGAAGCUCGACCCUGCUCUGUUGCGCCCGGGUAGGAUGGACAUGCAUAUUCAUAUGUCCUAUUGUACACCUCAAGGAUUUAGGAUAUUGGCCUCUAAUUACCACGGCAUUAAUGGUUACCAUCGGCUUUUUGGUGAGAUUGAUAGGUUAAUCGAGAAUUCUCAAGUUACCCCAGCUGAACUUGCAGAAGAACUCAUGAGAAGUGAGGACGCUGAUCUUGCAGUUGAGGGAGUUAUUAACUUGCUCAAGAGAAAGGAAAUGGAUCAAAGUGUUGAGGUGAACGGUAGUUCGCGUCCAACAACUCCUGAAGAGAAUAACGAAAUCAUGGAAGAAUCGAGUCCUCUUCUAGAAGAAUUUCAGGAGCCAAAAAGGAAAAUGAGACCCGAGUUCGUUAUGAGGAGAGGCCUAAGAACUACUUGCAGGAGAAGAGUGAACAGAGGAGGGAAUAGCAGAUUUAUGGUGGGUGGAUUUAGAGGAAAAUGGUCAUAGGCCAAAAAAGAGGUAUCUAGCGCCUUCCUGUGCAUUAAUUAAUACUCUUGCGAGACCCAAGAAAUUGAUGUAUCCAGAAAUCCGAGAUGCUCUAUGGCAGUUUUUUUUUUUUUUUUUUGUCAAAAGAGAUGCUCUAUGGCAGUUUGAUCGAGCUUUUGUGCAAAUUUCCAUGGGAAUAGAGUGUCUGUCGUCUUAUGAGCUAUAAUUAAUCAGAUCGAUCUGAUCUCACUUGCCAUAAAGAACAAAAAGUAAAAGAAAAAAGGAGAGCCGGUGGUUAUUUGCUGAGAAAGGCAUAUAACUUUGUUGAAUUCUCAGUCCACCCACCACUUUUUGCUUAGCAUGAGAUUUUUGUAUCGUAAAUUUGAAAGA